AUGUCCAUCAACGCUGUCACAUCCCUCUACCGACGGUCCUUGAAGCUCGCCCUGGACUGGGCUGUACACCGAAAUGUUUGGAGAGGGCAGGCAGUCUAUAUCCGGUCGCUUUUCGAGGCGAACAAGGAUAUCCGUGACCCUCGGCAACAGAAAGUAUGUGAUGACCCUGCCGCGAUGAAAAGCUUUGACUUACCCGUACUAUGUUCUACUCCGAGAGACGGAAAAGUUACUAGAGACGUGGAAACACCCCGACCCUUACCGCGCACCUACAGCCCCCGGUGGUAUGUCUACGUGUAA